UCCGGUAAACUUGCCCAACCUGUUUUCAUAGGAGCCGCUGUGUGCGUGAUCAACGGCAACGCAUGCGGAAAUGGGAGGGAAUUGCAGAACGGAGCAUCGCAGAAUUGCAGCUUUGUACUCCGACUAGAAACACCUCACAUACUCGACCAUAACUGAACUUGUUGAAAUUUCGAGCGUUUUUUUUCAGCUGUGGAUAUAUGUAAAACAGUGCUACACUUUUACUUUCAAUAAAUAUAGCUUGCUGGAUACUAGGAUGGGUCUCUGGUCUCUCGUUAAGCGCAUUGAGACUGUGGUCCUGAUCGCUCAGCUGGCCAGCGCGUUUUUUGACACCGGCUUGCAGAUGGUGGUGAAGGAGCGAUGCGCUAACGCGACCGACUCCAUCAACGGUACGUCAACGGUGGACAGUCGUCAGAGAGCUAUGACCAACUUCUACAUGACUUACAACUUAUUGGCUAAGUUCACUCCCAUCAUCCCGGCCAUCAUCCUGGCAAAAAUCGGGGACCGGGGCUACCGAAAGAUCCCCAUCGUCAUUCCCCUGGUAGGCUACCUGUUGUCCCGAGCGGUGCUGCUGUCGGUUGUGAUGUUGGGCUGGCCCCUGGAAGCGCUCUACGGUGGGGUAGUUUUGCACGGACUCUGCGGUGGCUUCUGUUCCUACUGGGCUGGCGUCAUGGCGCUGGUGUCCUUGAGAUCAACCGAGGACGACCGCUCCGUUGAGAUGAUGCGCGUUGAACUGAUAUACGGGCUGGCGGGACUGGUCGGUAGCCUAGCCUCCGGUCACCUUUUCCAGCUGUACACGGCAACUUUCAAGCAGGGCAGCCUGCUAGUGGGGCUGAGCGUGUUUUUUUAUCUCGUGUGUUUACUGCACUCCACGUUCCUGCUUCAUAUAAAUCGCGCACAGGUGACUGGUCCAGAAAGCGAUAACGAGAACCAGGGAUUGAUCAGUCACAACUCUAGGAGUUUAGUGAACAUCGCCUUGCUCUUCGCCGGUGGCAUUUUGUACGACGUAGCGGUCGGUGGCGGGAUGGAGAUCCUGGUGUCGUUCGAGAUGAAGGAGCCGCUCAACUGGAACGCAACCCAGGUGGGAUACGGUAACGCAGCCGGAUUCAUGGUGUUCCUCACGAGCUUCUUUGGUGUCAUGGUGAUGUCCCGCUGGGUGAGCGACGUGAGCCUCAUAAUCAUCGGUAUGCUGUCAUUCGCUGUGGGAAUCUACUUUAUGGCGUUUGUGACAGAAACCUACAUGUUUUACCUGGCUCGGUCUCUGACCCUGUUUGCCCUCAUCCCGAUGCCCACCAUCCGCUCCCUGCUGUCCAAGCAGGUGAAAGGCUCCUCCUACGGUAUUCUCUUGAUCUCACUGCAGCUGUCCUUCAAGGUAGCCAGUCUGGCCUACACCCCCAUCUACACCCGCGUCUACCAGGCCACUCUAGACUGGAUCCCCGGCUUUGUCUUCACCCUGUCAAGCAUCAUCACGGUGCUGGCCACCAUCCCCAUCAGUGUGGUGGGCUGCAGACUGUCUAAGAGGAAUGAGUAUGAGAGGAUCCAGGGAGACUGAUGAUGUCACAUCGACGGGAUGGAGUGAGGAACUGAAGGCUUGCAUCAGCCUUCACAGCUUCAGCGCUGUGCGAUGACGCACAGGUGACACAGGUGACCGUCCCCUGAAGUGUUGCAUGACUGAGACCAUUGGGACUAAAGGAUGACUAGCACUAGGAACAGGAGGAAAGACUGCUCACAUUAACUGUUAAUGGUGGGCCAGGUGUGUUGCACUGUGGACAUGGGCCAAGGGCUGGGACCUGUUCAACGUCACGUAAAGCCAAUGAUGAUGAUGUUAAAAUUCAAAUAAAUAAAAUUCAUAAAAAUUAA